GCUCUCUCCCCCAUCCCCGCUGCAACCUUAAAAAACAAACCCACCUGAAAGAAACACAGUCCAACACCAAGCAUGCACAGCUCACCCAAAAACGGCGGAGCCAACACCUCCCACCACCCGUCGACGCCGCAACCGCCCCGUCUCACCCACGAGCAAGAAUCCUCCGUCAUGGUCGCCGCCCUCCGAAACGUCAUCUCCGGUGACACGGCCCAGGGAUUCCGGCUCCUCCUCUCGCCCACCGAAUCCGCCGCCACUUCCUCCGCCGGUGAUCAAUACGGACACCCAUUGUUCCCCAUCCCCGAUCCUGACACGUGUCAGUUCUGCAAAAUCAACGGCUGCCUGGGCUGCAACUUUUUCGCGCCAAAUUCGGCUGAGGAAAACAGGAAGGGCAAAGCCGUGAAGAGGAUAAAGAAGAACAAGUACAGGGGGGUGAGGCAGAGGCCGUGGGGGAAGUGGGCGGCGGAGAUACGGGACCCGCGGCGGGCUGCCCGGGUGUGGCUGGGGACGUUCGAGACGGCAGAGGAGGCGGCGCGCGCUUACGACAAGGCGGCGAUCAAGUUCCGCGGGCCGAGGGCGAAGCUCAAUUUUCCCUUUCCGGACAACACAUUGGUGAAUCAGAGCGAGAAUUCAGAAUCACAGCAGCAAGAAGAGAGGGAAAAUCCGAGGGAGGAAAUGGAAAUGGAAAUGGAAAUGGAAAUGGAAAUGGAAAUGGGAAAGGGAAAGGAAAGGGAAAAGGAAUUGCGGGAAAUGGAAGUGUUUGGAGUGGAGGAUAUAGAGGAAUGGAUGAUGACAAUGGUGGGUUCGGAUGGCGGUGAUACGACGUCGGACUCUGGUACGGGAAAUAUUCACAGCUCUUAGCUAGUGUUAUAUAUA